AUGGCAACGCGACCUAUCGUCCUGAUGCUGUACUCGGGAAAGACUGAAGACUGGCAAUGGGCCUCAGUGCUACUCAUACCUGGGACGGAUCACCCGCGGACUUCCACUCUAUCUCCCGGAUUGCACUCCAUGCCGAAUCCCAGUCUAUUUCACGACACAUUCUGUGCUUACGCACUGCGCUUGUUGUUCGGUCCACGUCUUUUACCGCACCCUGAGGAGCGCGAUCCCGAUGCUUGGCGUCUUGCGAUAGACGAAACUAUGGCAGCUCUUGCCGCCUCGAGUGAACCUGGGGCUGCCGAUGCUUUCGGCGAGGACCUCAAGACGGCAACGCUCCGCAUGAAGCCAAUCGGCAGCGCACUGGUGCAAGGCAGUUAUGACAACCCGUUGGACGCAAGGAGGUCGCGCGAGACCCUGGGCCAUACUUCGCCGACCGUCGACCUUCGCCGCAUGUCAGGAAUGGGCGCUACGAGCCCAAUCAGCGCGACGGAGGUAGUUCAGGUCCGGUUAUCCUCCGAAUCGAGGAGUAGCAGCAUUGCAGAGAGACUUCCGCAAGAGCCGCGAGUGUACUCGCCGGACGCGGUCGAGCGGGCCAGUGCUCACAGCCCGCAAUCGAGCGUCUCUCGUUUCCCGCAGUCUGAGGGCGAGGUUGAACGCGAGAAAGCUCAGACGCAGCGGUAUAUUUUGGUGGACUGGGACGGACCCAAUGAUCCCGAGAAUCCGCUAAACUGGUCCACCGGUCGCAAAGCCUGGGUGCUACUUCAAACGUGCUUGUGGACGUUCACUAUGUAUCUAGGAUCGUCUAUCUACACCGGUGGUAUUCUAUCCGUGUCGGAGGAGUUUCAUGUCAGCGAGGUGGCCGCCACACUAGGCCUGACGACGUUCGUGAUCGGAUAUGGCAUAGGACCUAUGUUCCUGUCUCCGAUAAGCGAGAUACCACAGAUCGGCCGUAUGCCCAUCUAUAUCAUCACGCUCAUACUCUUCAUCAUACUGAAUAUUCCGACUGCACUGGCGACGAACUUCGGCAUGCUCCUCGUCUUCCGCUUCCUCACUGGAUUCGUUGGCUCGCCAAUCCUCGCCACCGGUGGCGCUACGAUCGCCGACAUGUACAUUCCACGCAAACGAGCGUACGGCAUCACUCUUUGGAGCAUGUCAGCGACGUGUGCUCCAGCUAUGGGUCCGCUCUUGGGCGACUUUGCUGGGACCUUCAAAGGAUGGCGAUGGACUAUUUGGGAAUUAGAAUGGCUUUCUUGUUUCAUCUUGCUUGUCUUGUUCUUCUCCUACCCCGAGACCUCGGCGGCAAACAUCCUGCACCGACGAGCAGCGCGUCUACGUCGCUCUACAGGCAACACCGCACUACGCGCGCAAGCAGAACUCGAUGCCGCGCAUCUAUCCUCGCGCGAUUUGGCUUUGGAUAUACUCGUGCGGCCGUUCUCGUUGAACUUUCAGGAGCCCAUUGUGCUCGCACUGAAUGUGUACAUCUCGCUCCUCUACGCCAUGCUCUAUAUGUGGUUCGAGAGCUUUCCCAUCGUGUUCGGUGAGAUAUACGGCUGGGAGCCGCAGCUCGUCGGCCUCGCAUUCCUGGGUAUAUUCGUUGGAUGCUUUGCGGUCAUUCCGCCGUUUUAUUACUGGUAUUACUACUACCAGGAGCCGUUGUACGACGAGGGAGACCUCAAGCCUGAAACGCGUAUGCCAGCUGCCAUCGUUGGAGCGGUGAUAGUGCCCCUCUGUAUGUUCGCGUUCGGCUGGACGUCACGGAAGUCCGUCCACUGGAUUGUCCCCAUCAUUAGCUCGAGCUGGUUCUCGCUGGCAGCCAUCUUGCUCUUCAAUACCGUGCUCAACUAUCUGGCUGACGCGUAUCCGAAAUACGCGGCGACUGUACUCGCCGGCAACGAUCUCAUGCGUUCAUUGUUCGGCGCCGCCUUCCCGCUUUUUGCUGGAGCCAUGUACCACAACCUUGGUGUUCCUUGGGCUAGCACGCUUCUCGGCUUGCUCGCCACCGCGUUCGUUCCCAUACCAAUCGCUCUCUACAAGUAUGGUGAACUCAUACGGCUCAGGAGCAAACGGGCACGGCAUGAUUACUAG